GUUAAUAACGGCAUUUGGACGCGCCUGCUCGGAUAUUGAUUUCAGUUGUCAUGAUAACCAGAUCGAUAAAUUGUUAAUUCGUAUGCGGACGUGGAGGCAAGGACGCGGUAAUUAUAGUAGCGCUGUGUUGCAUUGAAAUUCGAUGCAAGUGUGUGCGGCAAAUGUGACAGAAUCUAUACAAAACGUUGGCAAAUAUUUAUGAAUUUGCGUAGAAAAUUGUGAAGCUCAACGAGUUUAUGCCAUAUUUUUAACGGUGUAAAGUGUGAGCAAUAAAAAAUAAAAAUGUUGAAUAUACUCGCUGGCGUGCUCAUUGAUUGUCUGAUUUACUGAAUUCAGCAAAUUGAAUUCAAUUUCACUUGUAAAAGGUGUUAAACGAAAAAAAUAUUGAUUUUCUGUGCAACGAGCAAGUUUAAUGAAAAGUUCGAAAAAUCGCCAACAGCAAUAUGGAAAUUCCAGUCGGAAAGGUGGCAGCAGCAAACGUGAAAAGGGUUCAAAAUUGGAUCGAAAGUCAUCACGUGGCAUGAUCUAUGAGAAUGAGGAACUAAGGCUGCGUACCAUCAAUAUAAAUGCUGAGGUCGAAAGAGGGCAAUCGGACAUCAAACGUUUGCGUAGAGAGAAUGAGCAGCUGCGCCGCGAGAUUUGGACGUUACGCGAUGAGUGCGAUCGCUUGAACAAGCGCUUCAAGGCGAAGCUUUUGGAUCACGAUCAUGCUUGCAACGCGCGGCAUAGCGUUUGUAGUGGCGGCGGGCGCGGUAGUGGGCACAUCUGUGACAGUAACUGCAACAGUGAUGAUUCAGAUUCCUGUGAUACCUGUAAAGGCAACGAUGACCAAUGCAGUGAUGAAUGCUGCACGGGCGGCAGCUGUCCCCAGCUGGCGACAAAGCAGCCGAUUAUUGAGUUCGCGCCUGAUACGCCCACCACAAAGACAGCAACGCGCUCAGAUAUGGGCAAUUUUGUGGUUAAAUCAGCGGGUGCUAAUUCAGAAAGUGUGCCAAAUUUACAUCAGGCAUUCGAUCAUUUGUCCGUUGUGUCGGAGGAAACGCUGAGUAAUGCCGACCAGCAUACACAUGUGCCGCACAAUGAGCUGCUGCAUAUAUACACGUCCGACGGCGGUGGCUCGCAGAUGACAUUGCCCAGCUUAGUUGGGCCGUUGACACCUUUGACGCCCAUCGAACAGGUGGCCAAUCAGCUGAAUGACCUGCAGGCGGUUGUGCCCCCCCUAUCUUAUUUCGAGAAUGUGUUGCAAGAUCAUAUGGGCUCUAAUAUAGGUAAUACGCCCAAUACGAGCUCGCCCACGUCGAAAUUAAUGCGCCACACCAAUGGCUGGGACUACAAGCUGCAAUCGCCUUUCGCGCAUAGAAAGAUUUCAACAGGCGCUUCGCCGCCGGCACUGCAAAUUGCCACAUCGCUAACGCAGAAUUCUACGCAACAACAGCAACAGAGACUAGCGCCACCUCAACUGUUAACCACAUUUGUGCCAACAAUAGUGGCGCCACCGGCGAGUAAUGAUUCGACGGUGAACCCCUCAAGUCUCACCGUGUCUGCGCCGAGCGCGCAACAAUCGAAUGCGACUGCUAUAGAGACAGUUACAAUUACAACGACGCCAACGAAUGCGUUAUCAACGCUUAACAGUCCAAGACAUUUCUUUGCGCCACUAAAGCCACGGCUGAAAAUCAAUACAACUUUAGCUAAUAAAGCACUGACAGGUGAUGCCAAUGUGCCUGCGGAGUCUACACCAAUAUCAACGCCUACGCCCUUAGCUGCAGAUGCAGAAAGCAACGGCUGUCAUAAUUGUGAGCCGCCCGACCUUUAUGUACACAACGGCUUGGCCUCACCCUAUCAGCACCAGGCGUUGAUGGCGGCGGGCGCCGACAACGCAGUGCCACCACCAAUACCACAGCGCGGUAGCUCCUCCCAAGUAAGUCCACAACAUCGCGCACGCGUGCAACGCCAACAACAACAGCUGUUGGCGCCGCAACAGCAAUAUUUGCAGCCACAUCAGCACACGCAUCAGCAUCAGCAGCAGCACCAGCGGCUGCCACAACGGCAAUAUGCAGAACUGCAGUCACCACCUGCACAGCAGCAGUCAGCGUUGAUCACCAUCACAGUGACCGUGGACGAUGCUGAUGAGGUUGCCGCCGGUGUUGAUGCUGCUGCCGCCUGCGGUGAGGAUGCGGCAAUUGUCGCCGAUAUCCCGCUUAACACGCACGCUUCGACCGCGGCAUUAAUUAACACGCCACAAAAGCUACAAGCGCCGCUUCAGGCUAUGCCGAAAUUGUCGGCGCUGCAAUCGCUCGCCGCAUUGCCGACUGUUUUCGUCGCACAGCCAAAUGCUGUAAUAACAAAAUUAAGCGAACCCAUUUAUGCUACCGCACAAAAACGCUGUAAAAAUCUUUUAAUUGCACCGGCCGUGACCAAACCGCUAAUGGCGGCCGCCAUUAACACCAAUAAACGCCUAACACCAACAACAUCGAAUCAUAGUAGUGCGACUGCAACGCCAGUACACUCACCGUUACCGCAGUCGACACCAACAUCGAUGUCAAAAGCAAUUCUGGUGGAUAGUCAAAGCCAGACGGAGUCCGUAAACCUGGAAACCAUACUCAAUGAUAUCCAAGCCAUAUCGGAGGAUAUCUUAGCUAUUCAACUGGACAAAUGCAGGGAGAAUGACAACGCCAUCAACAAACCGCUGGAGCAGGAAGACAGAAAUAAGAAACCGUACCGCUCAGAAAUGAAUUUAACACUACAAUAUGAUGGCGCGAAUCAAAUGACAGUUGCUGCCAAUACAGCAGCUACUAGCGCCAUUACAACAGCGACUGCCACACAAACAUCCUACAGCAGCAAUGGCAAAGGCAACCACCGCUGUACGCGUUCAUUAGAGCGCGAGCAUACAGACAGUCCAUCGCCRCAUAUACCCGACGCUAUGGUGCCGUUCCCAGAUAAGCGCACAUAUAUUGGCUUUGAUCAGCUGAAUAAUGAGGCGUGCCUGGAGCUGCCACCUACGAGUGUUGCAAAUAUGCAGCGACCACCGUUGCCGCCUGUCGCUGGCGUAGCUAAGCAGGCGCAGCCACCGACGCCGCCAGCGCGUGGAUUUCCGUCACCUUUAAAUAUACGCUGCGCAGGUGUAGCGCGCGCCACGCCUGUGGCAAUACCACAACCGCCUACAGAUGAAACAGCAGGAGCGCAGCUUAUCAAGCCGAUGACGCUCGGUUUUGCGCCCAAUAAAAGUCAACUGUAUGCCGCGGUGGCGAACGCGGCGGCUAAGCGUGCGCAAUAUCGCGCUGCAAUGACGCAUUCAUUGGACGCGGAGUUGAAUGCGGCAGGUGCAACGGCGUUAAGUGAGACCAGUACUGCUGAUGCUGCAAAUGAGGCACUCGCUACAGAAGCGGCGCGUCGGAAAGCGCGUCGCGUUUCAAUCGUGUGUGGUGAUUCAAGUACGCCGGACUCACCAGAUCCGGUGAACAAUACGCAAUUAGUUCGAUCUCAAGCACAAAUAAAUCUAAGCGGUAUACAGGAUGGUGGCACAGCAAAUGUCAAUACUAACAACACCAACACAGCGAGCGCAACGAGUCAACCAGCCAAUGAUAGCUGCACAGAUUUACAGGCCGUGCUGCUCAAUCCGGCGCUGCGUAAUCUCAAGCAAACCAGUCACAGCACUCCCAACUCACCACAUUCCGUGCGGCGCCGUAGCAACAGCAAUACGAUGAGCCCGAAUAACGGCGUUGCAGAUCCCACACAACCGCAAUCGCUCUCGGCGAAUACGUCGCCGAAGCAUGCCGCCAACGCGCACCAUCGCCACACAAAUAGCAGCUGCAGUAAUAUAGCGAUGGCGCAUCAACGUAAAUCCAGCCAAGACUCGACACGCACCAAUGCCGGUGAGGGCGCUACUGUCGAAGCGUUAACAGGGCGCUCGCGCUGUUCUCGUCGCCACUCUGAUGGCACCGUAGCGAGUAAUGUGCAGCGCGUCAGCGGCACUUCCGGCCAUCACCACCAUCAUCAUCAUCAUCACCCGCACACAUCGUCCUUCCUGAGCAAUAAUCUGCCACACAGUCACCACUCGCAUCAGGAUAGCACUUCAUAUUCCGAACACGGUUCGAAUAGUUCGGCAUCGUCGCGGGAGUCAUCAACUUCGUUCAGUGUGCGCUCGCAUCGGCGCAAGAUUUCCAUCAGUUCACAUACUGGUGGUAAAAUACCAUGGUGCGGGUGCUGGGGCAACGGUUGCUUGUAGAUUAUGUUAGUAAAUGGUGUGCGCAUGCCAGUAAAUCGGUUAAUGUAUAAAUACGAAUGACGAACUGGCUGUAGUAAAUAAUUUUAGUUAAUAAAGUAUAAAUAAUUAAUUCUAAUAUAUAUUAGUGUUAGUGUCAACGCUUUACUUUUAUUGUAAACUAGUAAAUUAACUGUACUUUAUUACGCUUUCAGUUAGUCAA